AUGCUGACGACGAGGACACUAGUCCCAUCUCAUGUAGGAGCAGGGCCGGUAGCGCGCAAGCAGGGAUAUGCCUAUAAAAGAGGCUCAUCAAUUCUUUCUGGAUGGAAGCUGAAAUUCCUCAUUUUGCGAGACAGCUUGACGGCCGAUGCUCGUCCCGUCUUGUUGGUCUUUGAUCGUCGAGAUCCAUCGGCUCCAGUCAAGCAUGAAGUCGAUCUACGAGGUGCUCGUGUUAGUCUGGAAGAAUCAGGAAGUGCUGGAUGUGGAUUCAGCGUCGAAGCAAGAGACAGAAAGUAUCUGUUUUAUGCUCAAACAAAGUCAGAUCGUGACGAAUGGGUCAAUAUUAUUUCGGACGCCACUCAACCUGCCUCAUCAUACACCAAAUCACAGCCGAUCGCUGAUACAUACAAUUCUCAACCAUGGAGAAACUCGGCACCUACAUAUCAACGACCACCAUCACGUAUGCAGUCCACGAAUAAAGCAGCUCGACCAACAUCCUUUCCAGUUCAAAAUACGCUACAACAGCAACCACAGCCUCUAACUCACGGCGUUCAACGUAAUCAGUCAAGGCCGCCUAUACCCACCUUCUCUCGGGCCACUGGUCCACGUGACGAUGAUGACGCGACAAGCAACUGGAGUGAUGAAGGAAGUGUCGUAUCUUCUGUCGCUGGCGGACUUGAUUGCGGAGAUAGUGUGGGUACCGGUAUUGAGACUCUGUCAUUUUGCAACGAGCCUGUUCUCACGCCUCAAGAAUUGGUGUCAUUGGGUCGAACGAAAAACGGUGGUGAAGCUGCCAAGCAUGGAACGACACGCCGGCGGAAAGCAAUCGACAUCACAUCACCUUCAGCCUCCGCAUCUCCAACACCCCACUGGAAUGAAAAGUAUCAGCGUAUGCUAGCUAUGCCCAUAACGAAUGAAGAUGCAGCACUACGAAAAGACGUGGCACUCUGCACUCUCAUUGGUACUUUUACCGAGAUAGCUACAGCAUGGGCCAAACGAAUUGUGGAUAACUAUCAUAUUCAGCACCGUGUUGCAUUACGACCAAUGACACCUGGUGGUGGUGAUUGGGCAAAUAAUGGAAGUGCUUCAGAAGUCUUUCAUCAGCAAACUUCUCCGCCAGUUCAGAAUGCUGCUGGACCACCAUCAUGGCUAGAAGGAGAAAUGUUCUUUCAUUUUGUCGCUGAUUAUGAAGCCGAUGGCGAUGACGAAAUCUUAUUGGCGCACAAGCGAGCAUCUCAGGAACUUUUGGGCAUUGAUGCUAUGAAUAAGACAUGUGACGGACUGUUUGGUACUCCAUUGAUGUGUCUUAUAGAUUACAAGGGCUUUAGAAUCGUUGCGUUUGCGACAAUGCCUUUAGAAGACGCAAAUGCGAGGGUUCUGGACUUGACAGCUGAAAUACCCCGCACAGAUGAUGGCGUUUUACAACGGCUGUCAAGAGUCGCAGCUCGACUCAACCUCAAACCUCAUUUGGCUGUAGUUGGAGGUCGAGAAGUAGUACGAGUACCAACAUCCGUGUCUAUGGAAGUUCACUAUCACCCACAAUCCCAGAUCUACUAUUCGCUCAACAUUGCUGACCUCUUCCCACAUGAUAUUGGAAAUGGCGCAUCCAACGAAAACACCAACAGCAACACCUCACAGAUAAAACCCAAACCAUUCAACAAGUUCCGUCCUGAAUUUGUUGAAAAGUAUGUCAAUGCAUUAUCAGCUGAUGCUCUGGUACCAUAUGAAGCACCACAAGAACCAGAACGAAUGGGCAAUGAAUCCGAUGCCAUAGCAGCCAGCAAGUAUUUGCAAGAAGUGUGGAUUCCUUCAGCCGUAAAGAAGCUAGACUCGAUGCAAGAGAAAUCCAUCCUGGCUGAUUCUAGAGCAUGGAAGGAAUGGUUGAGUUCUAAUGGCAUCAAUGUGAGAUAUACUGGGUUGAUGGCUAAAUUGUCAACUUUGCCAUAUAUUCGACAGCUGUGUGCUGUGGAUAUGGUUGCCAGAAGCUGCAAAGCCCUCUUUAGACGACGUAUGAGAAGAGAGAUUUUACGAUUCAAGUCUACUGGUGCUACUGUUGUAGAUGAGCCCUUCCGAGAUGAAGUUGUUGGACUUUUCAACACUGUCCUUGGCUCUAGUAUGGCUGCCCGAAAGUUCUGGGAGGAAACUCUGAAGGGUGUCGUAUAUGGCAAAUUUGGAUUCUUCAUGGACUGGGAAUCAUUUGAUGGGAUACAUCGAUCGGCUCUAUUCCUGGCAUUACAGCAUCACUGUGGAGUGCAAUUCACAGAAGGAAAUAUCUAUGACUUUAGUGGCCCCCAACCUUUAUCUCGUCAACAUUUGAUAUGUUUUACAGCCAACCUCCAUCGUCCUUCUUCCAUCAACGCCCCCCCGUCCGAUACCACACCAACUGAAUCUCAACUAGCAUAUUCUCUCACAAGGCAUCUCAAACUCCUCGGUCCUCAAUCUCGACUAUGGAGAAACGAAAAGACACGAGAUAUAUUAAAUCGUGUCAGUGCCUUUUACGCAGCAAUACGUAAAGGAGAUCAAGCAAAAACGUAUGCAGUAUCAUCGCUCCAAGUCGGAGAUCAAUACGCGUCAGCAUCCGCUUCCUUAUCCUUGACUCGACUCAUGGAGUCAUCGUGUCUCAUAUCGAAUGCCAUAGUACCAGAAACUCUACAACACUACAAGGCCUGUAUCGCCGCCAUUCAGUAUCACUGGGGCGAAUUACAUCCUAUUGAAAUGCAAGCUCAUGAAUGUAUGAGUAACUGCUUUACACGCUUUGGACAAGAAGACAAAGCCUUGGAAUGUAUUGAGCGUGCAUGGCACAUUGCUUUACGAGCUUGUGGCAAACUUCAUAAUGUCACUGCUGGAUACCUAUGUACUAUGGGUCACUUGCAACACGUAUUGGGACGAACAUCAGAUUCCAUACGGUUCUUGACUGAAUCACUCACCAUUUACUCAUCACUGGGUCCGGAAUAUGGAUUACUGACUGGUCGUGUCCAUUUCCUAUUGGCUCAAUCUCUACAACAAAAGGGUGACUUGUCAAAUGCUACCAAACAUGCAAAAGCAUCAAAGCUUCUUCGAGAAAAGUAUGCUGGAUCAUCACAUGCUGAUACCGUAGAAUCGUAUCGUCUCUUGGCUACACUGGUCAUGGCUCCAUACGAAGACUAUACUGGUGUAGUAACAGGAACCGUCGCAACAGCGAUCCGAGAAGCAAUUGGAUUGUACGAAAAAGUAUUUAGAUAUCUACGAAACCAACGUGGUGGUAGUAUGGGUAUCACUAUGAGUGGCAGAGCAUCUGUCAUGGGAAUGUCUACCAGUUCUGUUAUAUCACGAUCACCCAGUGUCAGUGGACACUAUCAAAUCCCUGUACCCACUACGACAAACUCGACAGUAUCGUCUUCCACAAGCUCGACCAUGGAACUCAAGGAUUUGACUCGUCGUAUCGUCUCGCUCCGUCUCGUUCUCAUAGAUUCGCCAAGAGCUAAAGAGGUGCUGCGAGGUAUACGUGAAAACUUGGCUACUCAGGGACAUGAAGAAUCUGCUAUACGUGAAGUCGUGGUUCGAUUGCUGGCUAGUGGUAGUCCCAGCGUAUACACUGAGAGUGUUGUGAGACGGGUUGAGGAGGGGGAAGGUGAAGAGGCUAUAGAUGAAUUGAGCAUCAUUGUGCAACUCACUGAGGGUGAAUCGGUUGGAGUAAUGUCGUGA